AUGGCCACGCAACAGUUCGACCCCAACGACCCUCGCUUGCACAACUACUUCGAUUUCAGCAUGAUGGGUAAAGCCAUCGAGAUCGAUGAGUCCGAUGACGAACGCCCCGCCGCGGCCUCGCACCCCGCUGGGGUCUGGGACGAGGCCGCCGCGCCCGAGGAGGAGGCCAAGGAGGAGAGGAAGCUACCAACGCCACUACGGGUGCCGUCCGCCGCCGCACUGUUGGAGAAAGCCAAGAAACAACCCCCUGUGUCCACCAAGGCCGAGGAGGACAAGGCCAACGCCGCUGUGAGGAAGCGGCCAGCGGCUGCGACGGCGCCCGCCCCUGCACCCGCGGAGCCCAAGGGCGGCGAGGAGAGCGAGGGCACGCCGGAUCCGAAGCCACGUCGACCUACGAUCGGCCACGGCGGCAGGGCGCUGCCCAACCACCUCGAGUGGGCAGAGAGGCACCAGGACAUUCUCAAGCUGCUCCCGAGCGAGGCCCAGCCACCACCAUUUGACCACGGCGAGAAGACGUACACGGUCAACCUCACCCUGGGUCCGCUGAACAAACCAGCAAGGAUUGAGGUCCACGUCAAGGCGAAAGCCUACAGAGUGGUGCGCCCGAAAAUGGUCAAAGAGGAGAAGCCGCUGACCCCCUGGGGGGAAGAUGCCCACGCCGCAUGGGAGGAAUCUAAGACUAAGGCCCUCACAAAGCUCGACGCCAUGUGA